UGACAAGUUGACAACAUUAGAACGACAAUACAAAAACUAAUAUACAUGUUUUUUUGUCGACUAUAUAUAUAUCAACUGAUCAAUGAAAAGAAAUUCAUUACAAUUGUGUAAAUGUCGUACUAUAUAAUAUACAUAGACGCACGUAGGGGAUUAGAUAAGGUCGGUACAAGAACCACUUAGAACCUGCUCGCACGUCAAAGUGACAAAUUGUACCAUAUUCUAAAACUUCACUUAAACAAUAAUUUGACUUGCUUUCUCUAGUUCGUAUUCAAAGGAUCUAUUGCAAAUAAUCAAUGAAAUUGAAACAAAUCCCAAUCAGCACGGACAAAAGUCUCCAAUAUAAAAUGGAAAAAAGGAUCAUGGCCCUCACGUAUUAACCACCACUAUCGUUGAAUAACACCUCUAUAUAAGUUUGUCUCUAAUUCGAUUACUUCAUCAGCAAACAAACAAACAAAACAAAACCUAAGAAAACCCAUCAAGACGAAAAAGAAACGAAAGAUGGGUCUAAUCUCAAGUUCUUGGAGCUUCAAGAAAUUCUUCGCAAUAGUUAUGGUCGCCUUCGCCAUCUCCGGUGAAUUCGUUGCAGGAUAUUACAGGCCCAGCCCGUGGAGAUACGCUCAUGCCACUUUCUACGGCGACGAAACCGGUAGUGAAACCAUGGGUGGUGCAUGUGGGUACGGAAACCUGUUUAACAGCGGCUACGGCUUGGACACGGCGGCGCUGAGCACGACGUUGUUCAAAGACGGUUACGGAUGCGGCCAAUGUUUCCAAAUAGUCUGUGUGAACUCGAAACAUUGUAACUAUGGACGCCCAUCGACGGUGGUCACAGCCACCAACCUUUGCCCUCCUAAUUGGUACCAAGACUCCAACAAUGGUGGCUGGUGCAAUCCUCCUAGAACUCAUUUCGAUAUGGCUAAGCCGGCUUUCAUGAAACUCGCUUACUGGAGAGCCGGUAUCAUCCCUGUUGCAUACCGCAGAGUCCCAUGCAAAAGGAGUGGAGGUAUGAGGUUUCAAUUCCAAGGCAAUUCUUACUGGCUUCUCGUCUUCGUCAUGAAUGUUGGAGGCGCCGGAGACAUAAAAAGCAUGGCCGUGAAAGGUAGCCGGACGAAUUGGAUAAGCAUGAGCCACAACUGGGGAGCCUCUUACCAAGCUUUUUCCUCUCUCUAUGGUCAGUCUCUUUCUUUCCGGGUCACUUCUUACACAACCGGUGAAACCGUCUACGCUUGGAACGUUGCUCCGGCUAACUGGAACGCCGGUAUGACUUACAAGAGUGGCGCCAAUUUUCGCUGAAAUUAUCGUUUUGACCUUGGAAACCCAAACGGGAUUUCUUCUUUCUUCUCUUUUUUUUUUUGUUUUGUUUUGUAUUUGGGAUGUGUACAAGUUUCGGUGGCCUUGUGUUGUUACUGGCCCGGCUUUAUGUUAUACAUCUACAUGAAUGUGUAAAGUAUGUAUGCAAUUGUGAUAUAACUCUUCAUAGUCGGAGUCAUGAUGAUGAAGUCAACACUACUUCUUGAUCAAGGUACUUUCAUUUCGUUGAAUUGUGUCAUGUGCAUGUGAUAAUUUCUAACAGUAACCACAUUAAGUAAGUGUGUGCAAAUAAUUAUAAAACAUUAUGAACCAGAGAAACAACUUAAC